AUGUUGAGCUCAAUUGUCUUCUAUUUAGUUUGGACCUUGCCAUUUGUUACAGGCAAAUUAUUUGGGAUCUGCCCAAAGGAAGAAAUUGCAUGCCUUUCAAAGGUCACGAUAGGCCAGAUAGAUUAUAUCAAUGAGCGUAUUAGAGAGGACUUGCUUUCCUUAGUGAACACUAAUUUCUUUAAGUACUUCAAAAUCGAUAUGAACAAAAAAUGUGAGUUCUUUGACAAUAAAAAGGAAUCAUUAUGCUUCAGUAGGUCGUGUACGCUCAAUGUAGUAGAAGAUUGGGGUAGUUUGCCUGAAUUUUGGCAACCUGAAGUUCUUGGUGGAUUUGAAAAAUCAUCUACAGAAGAUGUGGAUACACAUUCGGAUGAGUGUGCCUUCUUAGAUGAGCUUUGUUUCAGAGAACAGAAUUUAUAUGAAGUUAAUGAUAUCAAUUAUUGUGAUAUCAAUGAUAUAAUGGAUAAUAAGAAUUCGGUCCUGAUUGAUCUCACACAAAACCCAGAAAGAUUCACCGGGUAUGGUGGUAAUCAAUCUUUACAAAUUUGGUCAAGUAUCUAUAAGGAAAAUUGCUUUGAAUGCAAUGAAACAGAAGGCUGUAUCGCGAAAGAAAUAUUUUUCAAGCUAAUUUCUGGCUUCCAUUCCUCAAUAACGACGCAUGUUUGUAAUUACCAUUUGAAUACAGUUAGUGGAAACUGGGAACCAAACAUCUUUCUUUUCAUUUCCAGUUUUCUAAUAUUUCCCGACAGGAUUAGGAAUGUGUAUUUCAACUAUGCGUUAGUGUCAAAGGCCAUAAUGAAAAUUGCACCAUACAUGGAGCAUAUAGAAUUUUGUGAGGACAUGGACCCCAGUGGGGAUGUCAAACUUAAAAUUGAAAAAAUUGUAUCACAAUUAGAAAAUGAUGAUAUCUUUAACGAAGAAAUUGUUUUCCAGAAUAAGCUAACGUCAGAACUGAAAACUGAUUUUAGAAACCGGUUCAAAAACGUAACGAAAAUAAUUGACUGCAUCCAGUGUGAAAAGUGUAAGUUAUGGGCUAAAGUUCAAACAACAGGCUAUGCAACAAGUCUAAAACUUUUGUUUGAACUAGACCAAUUGAGUGACAGUGAAAAACAAAAUCUGGUUAACAAAUUAACAAAAUAUGAGUUGAUUGCUUUAUUUAAUACUUUCAAUAGAUUAUCAAGUGCAAUUGAGGCCAUCAACAAAUUUGGGUUGAUGUAUGAAGAAGAGAAAACCAAGUCGAGAAGACUGUUAUACGGACAAGAACUCCUAGGAGAUAUUUCAGGAAGUUGGAAAUUCCUUGAAAAUUUUUGUUUUAGUUUGUUUUCCUAG